AUGGGAGCAGAUGGUGGCACAAUUCCAAAACGAUGUGAGCUUGUAAAGAAGAAGAAAACGAAGGAAAAAGUCGACAAAAAUGUGACAAAUGCUACACGCUGGAAGUUGUGUCGAUCAAGUCAGGAACCGCUUAGGCGACCCAUUGUGGCAUGCAAAUUGGGCAAUUUAUAUAAUAAAGAAGAAAUUAUCAAGCUGAUUUUGACUAAAGUUAUUGGUGAAUAUCCUGCUACAAGACAUAUCAAAGGUAUGAAAGAUAUUAAGGAGCUGAAAUUGACCGACAACAAAGAAUAUAAAGAAAGCGUUGCUGACAAGGGAGAUUUAUAUAAAGAUCAUAAUGUUGCACCAUUCUGUUGUCCAGUAACUGGAAUUUCUAUGAACGGCAUCCAUUCAUUCACAGUUAAUUGGCAAUGUGGUUGCGUCAUUUCGGAGAAGGCAAUUGAAGAAGUGAAGUCAGACGUGUGUCUUGGUUGUGGCGGCUCAUUCAACAAGAAUUACCUUAUCAUGCUGAAUCCUCCUGAAGAGAUUCGCGAAAUCUAUGAGAAGAAAUUGGAGGAAGAUUGUUUGCAAAGAAAAUCUACCAAAGCAUCAAGAAGAAGAGAUGAUAAGGCCAGUACAUCAUCCAAGCUGAAGUCUGUAUCCACCGUUAACAGUGUGAAAUCGAAUGAAGUUUUGAAAAAACCAGCAGAUCACUCAAAUCCAAAUCCGAAGCAAUUAAUCAGAAAAGCAGAGAAACGGAAAGCACCGACGGAUGGCAAUUCCCUUUCAAUUCAAAAUUCAAAUGCAUCACUGGCAUACAAGUCAUUGUUUACAACAUGUGAAGAGGCCAAACAUAAACCAGAACCACACUGGAUAACACAUAAUCCAUUGUUCUAUUAA